AUGGGCCGCAAAGAAGCCUGCAAAAUCUUGAACCUAAAAAGAAACUUCCAUCCAAGGGGCCCAGCUUCUGAGGCUGAACCCAGCGGCGGCUUGCGACAAUUGUACAAUUCAACUUCCUCGACGAAUCUCACCUGUUCCCGAGUUCCUGGAAGUUCUCCGAGUGACCCGAAAUCUCGCCCAAUACACCGAUUCGUGUUCACAACUUACAAAUGUCUGUUUUGGAGCAGACCCAAAAACCUUGUAUUGGAACUGGAAUACCAACUCCGGACCAAGGUCCAAGGCAAAGACCCCAACAAAAUCCAGACCCAAUACAAAUUAUAA